AAAACUAAAGCGAUAACUCAUCUUUUCACCUACGCGACAGCCUUUUCGGAUCGCCAUUUUCAUGUCACGCAACGCAAAAGCUUGGAAAUUCAAACGUGCUCUAUUACAAGAAGAAGAACCCCUGUCGAGCCAAAACGUUGUCAAACGUCCAGUUCCUAUAGGGUCUUUUGCCUGAUGAAACCAAAACCUCAGAAGGAAAGGUAAUGUUUAAUUUUGGAAUAUGACUGCGUCACAUGAAAACCAAUAAUUACUGUUUCUAACGCCUAUUUUUUUUAGUUUCCAGCCAAUCUCUCCUAUAUUUUGAUGGAAAUGCAUUCCUCACCCUGAAUCGCUUGUUUCAAGUUUCCGAAAUCAUUGAAGCACCUACUGAGAAGAAGUGAAAAUAUCGUAUUCAUUCUCUUGAAAUUUGUUUUAACGGCUUGAGAAGAGCUGAUGGAGGACGAGCUUAGUUCAAGGAGCCUGUUUGUGACAGUCUUAGAAGUGAGCUUCAUGAUUGUGUUAAAUUUUGUUUCUCUACUGGGAAACACGUUAGUCUGCCUCUCUGUUUACAGAAACACCGGGCUCCGUACGACGACAAACGUUUACAUUGUGGCAUUGGCAAUCAGUGAUUUGCUGUGCGCCAUCUUUGUGAUGCCCCUGGCCGCCGGAGUGCUCAUCUCAGGCAGAUGGCCCUUUGGCGAAGCCCUUUGCCAAAUGCACGCUUUCUUCAGCCUGUUUGUUGUGUACAUUUCGCCAGUAACCAUGGGUUUUACAGCCGCGAACAGAUAUGUGAGAAUUUGCAAGUCAGAGCAACAGUAUAAAAGAUUCUUCUCGAAAUGGAGAUCACGCAUAGCGCUUGCUUCUGCGUGGGCUUUUGUAACCAGCUACAAUUGGAUCACGCGUCUUGCAGGUUUACAGGGAUUUUACUUUAACCCUGGAUAUGCAGCCUGUUUAAACGAGCAUUUAAACGACUCUGCGAAGAUUAUCCAUUACUUUGUCGUGGUUGGACUCUUCUUUGCUCUUCCACUUGCGAUAACGAUAUUCAGCUACAGGAAAGUCUUCAAAAAGAUUCAGCAACACAACGCGGUGUCGGUGCGUGCUCUUCAACGCCAAGACGGAGAGACGACAUUCUCCAGGCACGAGAUUCGUUUAAGCAGAUCUUUGUUUGCUGUGGUUUUUGCCUUCAUGUUGUGCUGGGUACCCUUGUGGAUCAUCAUCAUCCUGACGCGUUUCAACAUUAUUGAAACGAUGCCACGAAAUGUUCAACUCCUGUGCGCUUUCCUCCUGAAUUUGUCCAGCACCAUUAAUCCCUUCAUCUACGCAGGAAUGAAUCCCAUGUUCAGAAGAGAAUUUCGGCGAAUCAUCUGUGGCAAUCCAGGAGAGAAAGUUGAGGACACACAACAAGCAUCCACUACAGAUGCAAAACAAAGAUCAAAUACGCUUUCGCUAAGAUCAGACAAUGUGGUAAUCAACCAGCAGCCCGUUAAGUCAGGCGAUUUUGAGUGUCGUCGAAUGAACGACGACGAGAACUGACGAAAAACUGAACAAAGGUCUGAAAACAGGCUAUAAGGAUGUGGAUACUGAGUAAUCCCAUUACAGCUAAGAAGACAGCCAAUCUACACGUUGGUGACAAGAUUUAUUUUAAGCUGUAAAGAAGAACAGCUGAACUCAUGUCUAACUGAGAAAGUAUUUCCCUACAUUGGAAAAUUAGAUCUGUAAAUUUUAAUUGUAUAAGUAGUUUCUGGACAAAAUUGGUUUGUUUGUAUAAACAAAACCAAAACAGACUUUGGUGUAGGAGCAUUUUUGAGGUUUUUUUUUUUUUUGUAUGUGUGUGUGUGUGUGUAAAAAAAUACCUUUUAGUCAACGGGUCUGGGGUUUGUUAUAAGCGGGUCAAUGGAUGAGUGAGAGAGAGAGAGUGAGUGCAUGAGAGAUGUAUGUAUGCCACACCAAUCAGAUUGGGGCUACCAUAAACAACCAAUCAAAUAACCGCUUGUGAAGGUGAAUCAUAUUUGUGAAGAUUUUAUCUCGAUUUCAGAACGGCCGUCUUUGUUUCUCUGUAAACAGAAACAGGAACUCUUGUAUUGGCCUUAUUCCGACAUUUUCGAUGCUGCGUUUACCGUGGUUAAGCCCAGGACUUUGUAGAGGGGCUUCCGCAGAUUUUAAAAUUCGAUUAUCGGCCGAGGAAUCAUAGUCUUUGGUAUACACUUACAUGUCAUCAAGGCUUUGCUUUUCGCAUUACUUGAAAUUUCGAAUGAAAUGAGUCUAAGCCGUUCUACAACUUGGGGAUUUCUAGGACAGGAACAUUUUUUUUUUACACGUUUGCGAUGGUGAGGAAGCUUUCGGCCGUGGUGGUAUUCGCCAGGUCAGUUCCCAUCGACAUCAUUUGCAUUACGUGUAGUUCACGAAAAGGGAAUUAAGUUGAAACCAUUUAUGUUUGCAUAGAAUUUUUCAGUUUGUCAAUGCAAGUCUCAAUUAAGUGGCGCUGUUUACGGAGUAAUACUGUCUUCUCGUUAAAACGUUUCUUGGAAUGAAUACUGAGAUACUCAUUUGAAGUGGUUUUCUCUGUCAAAACCAAAGGAAUUAUCGACAGCUAGUUAUGAAUGAUGGCUGGUUAUGAAUGAGAACACUGCUGGAGUUUUGAAAUUUGUUUUUGUCACAAGUAAAUGCAACGAGAUAUUUUUAAU